GAGACAAUAAAAUAAAAUAAGUCUUAAAUCUAAACGCUUAUUUAAAUGGAUUCUCGGAAUAAACAAAUUGGCUUUUCUUCCUCAUUCUCUACACUCACUGGACUCUCUCUAAAACUUCUUCAUCUUCUUCUCUCCAAUUCGUACUGAGCAAUUUCUUCGAUCUUCAUCGCUUUUGAUGAACACUGAAAUGGAAGAAGACGCAGGGAAUGGAGGAUUUCGGAAACGCAUGAGAGCAUCUGAUGAAGAGGGAAAAGGAGAUUCGAGAGAUGGAAUUAGCCUUGAUCAUACCAUUGAGAAUGAAGAAGCUGAGACGAAACUUGUUGCUUCUGAUGAGAUGGAACUUAGCAUUGCGCAAAUUCUCGAUAAGAUUGAGAGCUUCACACAAACUGUUUCUAACUUGCUGGAAACAGGGAAAACAAUGCUCAAGGAACUCAGUAACGAAUUCGAAGAACGCUUGAUCAUGAUACACAAGGAACAUGUUGAGAAAUGGCAGGACGAGAUCAAGGAGUUGCGUUUGCUUGAUGCAUCAAACGAGGAGACUACUUCCCUCUUACACAACGCUCGCUAUCUGAUUCAGAAUCCUAGCAUUGAGCAAUGAGGUAAACAGUCUAAAACCCUAUCAAGAAGUACUAUCAGCCAUUACUAAGAAUAGAUUAUCUUCUGUCGUCCAGUGGUGUAAGAAGUCAUAUAUAUAACUUUAGAUCAACAUAUGGUUGGUUUGAGAAUUUAGAUUUCUUCAGUUUCAAAAACUUUAUGAUGUUUUGAAGGAAACAUAGAAAUAGCUUAUCAUGAACCUUUCUCAGCUAAUUAAAACCAGAAUUGUGUUUGCUUCUUUAUUAGAUUUUGGAGUGAAUAUAGAAAAUGACUCAUAUCUCUAGUUCGAUCAAAAACCAGUAACUCUUCAUUCUCUUUUGCAAUUCUUAAAUGUUUUUCUCAGUUCUUGUUUCAACUCAAUCUCCCAAAAACUCUCAUGCUGAACGUAACCCUAUCUUUUAAAAAAUAUUAUUAUAAAAUUGUUUUCUUAUAACUAUAAAUAUUAUUUUAAAUGUGUAUGUUUAACUGAAAAAAUAGAUGAACUGAAGUAGUAACAAAAGUUGAAUAGUGGUGAAAUUAAAUUCUCUGAGGUGAUAUAGAUGGACAUGGACUAAUCUAUAUAUGAAGUUGUAAACUGUUAAUUCAAUUAAAUUCACUGGGAAGAAAAAGGUAUGGCGUUAUCAUGGGUUCAGGUUUAGGUGUUAGCCAAUAUAGGAAUCUUCUACCGUUGCUCUGUUACAAAACGACAAGACUUAAAUGUCGGGUCGUUACCAAACUCACUGGCUCAUCUAAAUAUCUUUAAAACGCUAACGGCCCUGACCUUAUUUCCAUGCCCCACUUACAUUUCAGAUAAUGCCAAAUGGAUUUUUCGGUUCAAUUUUGGUUUAGUUAUCUUUUUUUUCCCCCGGUUUAAUUAACUUAUAAAUUUCACUUGCUAGAAUGCAAAGACCAACUCAAAGUUGACCGACGGGGAGAGAAAUUUUCAUAAUAGCUUAUAAUUAUUUUUUAUUUUAUUGGCAACGACAAAGUUUGAAUUAUACAUUAGGUGGAAUGUCCAUAUCCCCAAUUCAACUACCGACUUUGGAUAUACAGAUACCUAUUAAUAUUAUAAGUUAUCAGAGGCAUAUCUUUAUAUAAACAGUUAUACAUAGGACUUUGAUAUGUUGGACAUAUGAUUAGCUAAAAUAAAUUAUCAAAUUCCAACGGCUAGUUCUCACUUAUUUUAUAUGAAAAUAAUUUUAGGGAUGUUAUACUAACGAAACAGAGAAGACGCCACAUGGAGUGAUUGGACAUAUAUAUGCUUUUUUUUUUUUUUUUUUUUUU